CCACGUGGCACCCUCUUGUUAGUCGACCGUUAUAAUAUUUUCGACUUCAAAGCAUUACAAGAGAGAUUCCCCCCGCAAGAAGAGUAAGAACAAGAACGAAAGAGAGAGAGGUCCCGGCCCCUCCUUCCCCCCUUACUUCCCUUUUCAAAUUUUAGCGGCUUUGUUUUUGUUCCAUAGUAAUUUUGAAUUUCUCCUCUCUUCCUCGUUCUUCCAUUCUUCUCUAAUGGCGAUCGCUCCUCCUCCUGAUUCCCAAUCCAACCACCAGCACCAGGCUGCUGCUGCUACUUCGUCGGAAGAUACGGCCGGCGGAGAGAACAACCAGACAAGGAGAUGGACUCUCGCCGAUUUCGACGUCGGGAAGCCCCUCGGCCGCGGCAAAUUCGGCCAUGUUUACGCCGCUCGUGAAAAAAGGAGCAAUCACGUCGUGGCCUUAAAAGUGCUGUUCAAGAACCAGCUCCAGCAAUCGCAGGUGGAGCAUCAACUCCGCCGUGAAGUUGAGAUCCAGAGCCACCUUCGUCACCCAAACAUUCUCCGUCUCUAUGGCUACUUCUAUGACCAGAAGCGAGUCUACUUGAUACUAGAGUACGCAGCCAAGGGUGAACUCUACAAGGAGCUUCAGAGGUGCAAGUACUUCAGCGAGAGGCGUGCUGCAACCUAUGUAGCGUCGUUGGCUCGAGCUCUGAUAUAUUGCCAUGGGAAGCAUGUCAUCCACCGUGAUAUCAAACCAGAGAAUCUCCUUAUUGGUGCCCAGGGUGAGCUCAAGAUUGCCGAUUUCGGAUGGUCUGUGCAUACCUUCAACAGAAGGCGGACAAUGUGUGGUACAUUGGACUACCUCCCACCUGAAAUGGUGGAAAGUGUUGAGCACGAUGCUAGUGUCGACAUCUGGAGCCUAGGCGUGUUGUGUUACGAGUUCCUCUAUGGUGUUCCCCCUUUCGAGGCUAUGGAACACUCUGACACAUACCGAAGGUUAGCAUAAGUUUCACUCUGACUUCCGAAUUGUUGCAUUUCUUGUGUGGUGUACUCCAUUGAAUCGGAUCUGGGCAAUAAUGGCAGGAUUGUGCAAGUGGAUCUCAAGUUUCCUCCCAAGCCAAUUAUAUCUGCUUCUGCAAAAGACCUUAUUAGUCAGAUGCUUGUCAAGGAUUCAUUUAAGCGGCUGCCAUUACACAAGGUGCUUGAGCAUCCAUGGAUCAUUCAGAAUGCCGAUCCCUCUGGUGUUUACAAGGCUUGAUGUGUUUAGAAUUAGAUGGCUGCUGCUAAACCUACUCCCUUCAUCAAUGUAUGAGCUUCAAGACUCCAGCAUAAUCUCUUUGCAGUCACAUUAGAAGAGCCUCAAUACACCAGCAUUCUUUGUACUACUUAUAGACUCGGGAGGAAGAAUGACCAUAUCCCCUUCUUUCGCCAUGUUAUCGAAUAUCGAUGAGGGGAUGAAGUGUUAUAAUUUACUAUGUAAUUCAUUCAUUUGGGCUAUAUCUAUAGCAAAAGAAAUCCAUCUUCUGUAAUCAUUCUUGCCUACCAGUUACCAGUGUGUUUCUGAGAUUAGUUUUGCCUUUCGCUCAUUUAAAGGGAACUACUUCUCGACAAUUUCUCAAGCCUUCGUCUAAUCAAUCCAACGAAAGAACGCACGUUAAUCCACGUAUGA